UAAGCGUCGCAGAGCGAAAAUGGACGCGAAGCCGGACGCUCAGCCCGAGACGGAUCCUCUGACGAAGGCGCUCGACAAGCUCGGUGAGGGCUCGCCCUUCCUCUGGAUGGUAUUCUUCUUUACCAUGUUCCCCACAAUCUUCGCCGGCAUGCACUCCAACACGUAUAUAUUCAUAGCCCAGAUUCCAAUUCAUUGGUGCGCAGUGCCAGAGCUCACCAAAGCUAAUUGGACGAGCGACCAAAUUCGCAACAUUUCGUCGGUCGGCUCGUGCGCCAAGUACGACUAUGAUUAUUCACACUUGGCCGAAAUAGGCUUCGAGGAAUCUUUGAAAUACGUUGAGAAACAUCACGAAACCACGGGAACCGUCAAAUGCACGGAGUAUAAUUACGCAGCCAAUGUGGAGAGAAAGUCAAUGGUCGAGGAGUGGAACCUCGUGUGCGACGAGGGCCCGAAGCGAGCGACAAUCCAUAUGGCCCUGUCGCUCGGGAAGAUGCUGGGUGCCGGGAUUCUUGGGGUGAGCGCCGACAGGUACGGCCGCCGUGGCGUCUACGCCCUCGGCAUUGUUCUCUUCGUCGUCGCGGGCCCAGUGAGCGGCUUCGUCCCUUGGUACUGGACCUUCGUGAUACUGCGCCUCGUCACGGGCCUUGGCUUCUCAGCAAUUCAGUUUUCCUCGCUCACGACACUGACAGAAGUGGCCGGCAACACGCACAGACAAUGGAUGGCUCUAGCCUUCAAUUGUGGCUUCGCCAGCGGUUCGAUAUUCGUCGCCGGAAUAUCUUAUUUGGCCAGUGACUGGAGACAGGUACAAGUCGCCACCUCGCUGCCGUCCCUAAUACUCCUUUUAUUCGUCUGGUUUAUGCCCGAAUCACCAAGAUGGUUAAUUUCGCAGGGCAAGCGCGGUUUGGCUCGUGACAUUAUCGAAAAAUUUUACGGGCCCAUAACAAAUUAUCCCGAUGACAUGACUCUUACUUUAGAAUCACCCUCGUCGAAAACUAAUAAGCCUGCGGUAAAUGCGAAAAACGUUCAAUCAAAUCUUCUGACAAACCAAUUGAAUGGGUUGAAAAUCAUAUUCAACAAUCGAGAAUUACAAAAAAGAACUUGCAUCUCGUACUUUACCUGGAUGACUGCGUCCUUCACAUACUACACAUUAGCACUUAACGUCGACGCUGUAUCCGUAAAUUACUACCUUUACGCUCUGCUGCUGGGGGUUACGGAAAUACCGGCGUACCUGCUACCAACCCCGGUAUUGAUGGUAAUGGGACGAAGGCAGGCCAGCUCGAUUCUCUUCGGCACUUCCGGUCUGCUGCUCAUCGUCAUACUUGCCCUGCCAAGAUCCCAGACAGUGGCCAUCGUCUCGGUCAAUCUCAUUAGUCGAUUCUCAUUGUCAGCCGCUUAUGGAAUUAUGAUCCUCUACGCCUCGGAACUCUUCCCAACGAUCGCCCGGAGUUCAGCCUUGGGGACGAGCGCGGCGAUGGCCCACGUAGGCAGUAUCGUCGCACCUUUCAGCGUCGACAACCUCGUGACGCUGGCCUGGUGGGGCCCUAGCACCUUAUGCGGGGUCUUGGUUCUCGGGGCCGCACUCGCGUGCCUCGUCUUACCGGAGACGCGCGACAGACCGUUAGCCGACAGCGUCGAGGAAGAGCUAGCCGAUAGCCGGGGAUCCGUCUCCUGGACCCAAGUGUGCGCCUGCUCUCGAUAACCAUCUCUACGUCUCUCUGCGACCCAU